UUUUAAUAUUCUUCUCAAGAAGAAGACCGACUUGCAAUUUCUCUAGUAAAUCAUCAUUUUAUCACCAAUUUUUAUUUUGGCUUUGUCUUCAAAUUCCUCCUCCAUACGCUAGUUAAAGAACAAAGACUUAUUUUUGUAGGGUACACAGUAAGCAUCGGAGAUGGAUUUUGUGCAGAGAAAAGUGAACAACUUAGGAGGAAAAGUUGCUACUUUCCCUUAUGUCGAAACUAUUGGAAGAGCUCUCUUUGCCUCAUCAUUCUUCUUCUCUGCUUGGCAUGAUUACAUGGAGCUCAGAUCCAAUUGGGAAGGAACAGAGGAUUACUGGAGACCGAAGUUAGGCUAUUCAGGAGAUCAGAUUAAGCAUCUUAUGGCAGUUAGUAUCAUAGUGAAGACUCUUGGUGGACUUAUCUUCAUCUAUGGCAGCUUCUUUGGAGCUUUCCUCUUGCUUUUACAACAAGGCAUUGCAACAAUGAUACAUCAUGAUUUCUACAACCAUCGCAUCGACGUUGAAGAAUUGGGACUGUUUUACCUCAAGUUCAAAAGGGUCCUAAACGAAACUAUGUCGUAUGAUGCGGCACACAAUUUAUACAAGUCAAACUUUGACGAGCAGCAAAUUGAGCAAGCCGUAUCGAAAUUCCGUGAGCUUGCGGAUCACGCCGUUACAAACCCUGCCUUGUUCGGAGGUAACGAGUUUUUUCGUCGCCUCUUAAGCUUCAUCAAGGCGUUGGCCAUAGUAGGAGCAUUGCUCUUUUUCGUGACAAUGAAGCACAAACUCAGCAAAGCCAAAAAGGAAUCCAAAGUUAAAACUGACUAGAAUUAUUCCAAUUUCUACAUGUUACCUUCCUUUGCAGAUUUCAUGUGAUUCACUUUGUCUUUAUGUGUUGAUUAGUUGAUUUAAAUAUCGAGUCAUAUCUCUCUUUCAGAAUUUAUUCCAGCUUGUUUUAUUUCACUCCUGACUAGCGAUUCUGUAAUAAUCUAUUUGGAAGCAGGGGUGAUUAGUAUA